AUGGACAGCUCAGUAGAAACCCAACUAAUUGCUCAAUUUAAAAAUUUACAAAACAAUAGCGAGGAAAUUAUCAGCAGUGAUAAUGACGAUAAUUUCAUAAAGUAUUUACUUGGAACUAAAAUAAAAUCAAAUAUAACAGUAUUAAGGGAACAAGCAGUAGUUUCUCAAAACUUAUCACAAUACCAAUUACAAUAUUCUGCUUUGAAUUUUGAUUUAAGUUUAUAUUUAAACAAGAUAUCUUCUAAUCUGGAAACUAAAGCUGAUAUACAAGAAACGGCUGUCAGAAAUAAAGAAGAAACUGAAACAGUAGAAACCAUAAUUAGUAAAGAAGACCAAGAAAGUUUCAAAAAAGAAGAUUUAAAAUCACUUAGGAAAAGACUAUUUCAUCGAAAUACAGAAUUUGAAGAUAACAAUAACAACAAUAAUGAUAUUGUGGAGGAAACCAACCAACAGCAAUUAAUUGAUGAGUUGGGUAAAUUAACUUCCACUCUAAAACAAAAUGCGCAAGAGUUUAACAAACAAUUGACUGAAACCGACUCGGAUGUGUUAAAGAAAACAGAACAGGGGUUAAGUUCUACAUCAGCACAAGUACGUAGUUUGGGUACUAAAUUAGGUCAAUUCAGUAAGUCCAAAUUAGGUAUCAUGUUUUAUUUAACAUGUUUGAUAUCUAUGUUUGUAGGAUUGUUAUUAACAUAUGCAAUUAUUAAAAUAUUUCCAGAAUUGUAA